AGGUCGCUCACUCGCUUGCUGCUAAAUCUGCUCCUAUUGAGGUCCUUCUGAUCUUCUCCGGGGGCUCUGUUCAGCACUAAUUGUGAUACAGAAUACUAUCAGAUCCUUCUGUCAUUCUCCAUAUUGACUGGUAUCGGCUCAUCCCUUCUCAUCACGCCGUCGAUGGGCUGCGUCGCUCAUUGGUUCAUGGAGCGUCGCGGUCUCGCUAGUGGCAUAGCUUUUAUAGGAGGUGGCUUCGGCGGCGUUCUAUUUCCCCUUAUGAUACAGUCACUCCUCCCUCAAGUUGGAUGGGGAUGGUCGAUCCGUAUUCUCGGUUUUGUGGUGCUCGUGCUUUGCGCCAUUAACGUGACAUUUUGCCGAAGCAGAGUUCCACCCCGCAAAGGAGCAGCAACUACUUGGCGAGAUACAUUACCGGACCCACAGAUCUUCAUGGAUGGAACAAGAGCCAUGGCUUUUACCACCGCUGGAGUCCUGUAAGUGUCAAAUUUUCAGCGAAAAUAUCCCAUUUCUGUGAUUGUUCCAGAAGUUGCGACACAAUGUGCCUACAACUUCUGGAAUAUUCCAAUACUCCCGAAAGCUUGUAAAGUAGGUACACUAACUCCGAGAUGUUGAUCUACAGCUUGACAGAUCUGGCAUAUUUCAUACCCAUCACAUACACGCCGAGCUGUUACAUCGAUCGACAACAUCUGUCUCAAGAGGAGGCAUUGACUGGGUCAGCGGCGUUUGCACAUCAACUUCUUGCGAUUCUUAACGCUGCUUCAUGUGUUGGCCGGUGCGUAGCGGGCGACCUAGCCGAUCGAUCCGGGCGAUACAACACUAUGAUUGUCUCGUUGAUCCUCUGCACGAUAUCAGUUCCAUGUUUUUGGUUACCAGAUGUGCUCUUACCCAACCUGAGUAAUGACGCACUCUUAGUAGUCUUUGUACUAGUAUUUGGAUUUUUCAGCGGUUCAAAUGUCAGCCUGACACCAAUCUGUCUAGGUCAGCUCUGUGAAACUCAAGAAUAUGGGCGAUACUACGCAAGCUGCUUUACGGUAGUAGCUUUUGGUCUGUUAGGGAACAUCCCCAUUGCUGGGGCCCUUCUUGAUGCGGUAGAGGCUACAGGGAAAGAAAGGUAUCGGGGCGUCGCUCUUUUCGCCGGACUGAGCUAUGUGGCCUCC